AGAGAGAGAGAGGGCAAAACAAAACGCAGGACAAUCAGACUCAGGCACAAUUCCCCAUGUCCUUAAUUUUUGUUUUUAAUUAGUAAUUAUUAUUAUUUUAUUCUAAUAUUUUUCUGGGUUUGUUUGGGUUGGUCUUUUCUUUUUAAUUUUCCCUCGCUCACGCACAUCACAGCACUUGUCUUCCCUAACUCCGUCAUAGCGAACGCCGUUUCUUUCCGCCGCGAAAUCUGAAACCCCCAAACCCAACGCCGUCAUAUAUUCACACCGUUCGUACAUUUUUUUUUUUUUUUUUUGAGAGAGAGAGAGAGAGAGCGCGAGACAGAGUUUGGGUCUUCCUCUCAAGCUAAGACGAACACCAACACGAACACGAAGAGUUUCUGCUCUGAAAACCCUAACAGGCUUAAAACGGAUGUAGCCUUGUGUCGCUCUACAGGGAUAAUGGUUUGAGCAGGUGAAACUAGUCUACUACUCUGCUUUGGUGAAUUUCCUGUGGUCUGACAGCUAUUGCAAGAGACUUUCAGUAUCUUAGUCAUCAUGGGGUCAGCUUGUUGUGUCCCUGCAAGGGAAAGAACACAUCCCAACAGUAUUGCGGGUGAUAAUUUACGUAGAAAUAUCAUUUAUUCUCCUUCAUGGAGUUUUCGAUGGGAUAAUCAUGGGCGUGUUGCUGGUGAGGUUGAGACUCCUUCAUAUCAAGUUUCUUGUGGAGUUAGUAGGAAUGCUAGCAUGGAGUUAAAAGGACCACUAGGUUCUGAAAGAGGUAAUUUUUCAGAUAUGGGAAGCCUGGGAAGCCCACUGGAGAAUUUUGGUUCACCCACCUCUCAAAAAUCUCCUGUUCAUGGGGGAACAGUUACACAUCUGAUGGCUUCACCUUCAGCAGAUCUAUCCAUGGCAAGCAAUUAUUCUUCAGAGAUAAAGAGCUUGACAGAGUCAUCUGGAAUUAGAGAUUCAUCUGCACCAAAUCUUUCAUUUUCUCUACCUUCAACUUUCUCAAUACCAACUGCAGAUCCUUUGGCUAUGACUGCCUAUCCAAUUUUUCCUAACUCAACCCCAUCAAGACGGGCUCGUCGUUCACCAGGACACCAGCUAUUGAGACAGGUUUCUGAUAGUCGAAUCUUGGGACUGAAAUCGCCAAAUAACAACUCAAUUUCUGAAGGAAGACCAUCCUUUGUAUUGUCCACUUGCAGCAAUGAUUUAGCAACUGGAUCCCAAGGUGGGUCUUCUGAUGGCUGGUCUAUGCGCACCUUUUCUGAGCUUGUUGCUUCUUCUCAACGGGAAAGGUGGUCUUUUGACAGUGAGCAUUUGGGAUCUGUUAAUGGAAAAAUAGGUGAAUCUAGCAGCAGGUUCUCAUGCUCCCCUUCGAUAGAUUUGCAGUUAUGUGGAGCUUGCUCUAAGUUAUUAACAGAGAGAUCUUCAUGGAGUAGCCAAAAACUUAUGGCUGGGCCUGAGCUCUCAGUAGUUGCUGUAUUGUUCUGUGGCCAUGCAUAUCAUGCCGAAUGCUUGGAGACUAUGACCUCAGAAGCUAACAAGUACGACCCAGCUUGCCCUAUUUGUCUGGUUGGAGAGAAGCAGUUGUCAAAGAUGGCGAGGAAAGCUUUUAGAGCAGAGGCUGAGUUUAAGUCAAAAAAUCGCAAGAUAUCCAAAAAUAGAGUUGUAGAUAGUUAUCUUGACUGUGAUUUCGAUGUCUUUGAUCAUCAGAAGGACAAUGACAGAAAAGGAAAAUGUCUCAUGAUGGAACCCAGUUCCAGCACAAAGAGCUCCUUUGCCAAGCCUUUCUUGAAACGACAAUUUUCACUUGGCUCUAAGUGGAGUAGAUCUUUGUCGGAAAAUGAUUCAGCCAGGAAGAAGGGGUUCUGGGCUAGAUACCGUAAAGAUUGAGCACUGCAACACUGGUAAUAGUAUAGACAUGCGAUGAUCUAAUAGUAGAUGCUUAUAGAAAUAUCACCAGGAAUUUUCUACUUGGAAUGUAGUCUAGCUUCCCUAAUAAAUACUUUUUUUUCAUUUUGAAAGUUUUUUUUUUUUUCCCUAACCUGAAUGCUGAAAGCAAAGCCCUCUCAAAUGUGUUAGAUAGGUGGAAGAUAAUGGAUGAGGAAAUCCAUGGCAUGUAUUGCCAAAUUUUAGAAUGUGUAUGUAUGCGGAACCGAGGGUGGGCCAAAAAGUUGAUGCUCUCUGUUAUGGCAACAAAAAUUGUCAAUAAGAUCAAUGCUUCUGACAAAGGUCGUUCCACUACAUAUUUUUUUCUUCGUUGCUCUUAAAUUAGAUUGACAUGUUCCAACCUUUUAUUUUGGUUGAACGUAUUCAAACCUUGUAAUACAUAUCAUUGGAGGUUGACACAUUUUGCUACUCUACCUGCACCCCAUUAUGUAAUUUUUUUAGCUCUUAUAAUUUUGUUCUUUUUUGUGUUGGAUUCA